GAUUGUGAAGAAUAAACCAAAGAGUUAUCAUAGCAGUUCUUCCUUUUCAUUUUUUUAUUGUUUCUUUUAAUCAAGUUCGAAGCAAGCACACAGCUCCAUCUUCCAACAAGUUUACUCUCUCUGGUGUACUUUCUUUUUGUCAGAUCUCGAUCCUCCAAACUCAACCCUCUUCUUCCUCACUUGUUUUUUCUACCAUCCCAACACAACCUUUUCCCCUUCUUGUCUCCAUUUCUUGCUUGCUGGGUUAGUAAUAGUAUCUUCUUCUGCAUUGAAAACUGCCAAUUCCUUCUUCAGAACCCGCAUUUAAGAGGUUCACUGACUCACCACCUUAACGGCACCACAUAGUGCACAAACCCAUAUUUAAGGCCUGCCACCAUUCUUCUAAUUGGACCUUUUUGUACAGAGUUUAAACAGUUCAAAAAUCAAAAUCCUCUGAAAUUACCAGCAAAACCGCAUCACCAACCCAAUCAAGUGCUGCUAUAGUCUUCUCUUUUUACCUAAAAAAGUAAACUUCCCUGCCACUCACACACUCCUCUAUGCUACCAUAAAACCUCUGUUUCCUCUGUUUCCGUGCUAUAAGAGAAUACUCUCACCUUUCAACAUUCACCAAUAUUAGGACUCUCUUUUUAUUAUAGUAAUCUUGGAACAAUGUUACCCCAGAAGCAAGGUGAAGAAACCAUGAUGUCGAGCCUGAAUGAAACUGUUGAGCGUGAGGAGAGAGAGGACGAGAAGGUGGGUGGUUCACAUUCCAGUUUGAGAAACCUUCUGUGGCACGGUGGAUCUGUUUAUGAUGCAUGGUUCAGCUGUGCUUCAAAUCAGGUUGCGCAGGUUCUGCUAACACUGCCAUACUCUUUUGCUCAGCUGGGAAUGCUCUCUGGCGUCAUAUUCCAAGUCUUCUAUGGAAUAAUGGGAAGUUGGACUGCUUAUUUGAUUAGCAUUCUGUACAUCGAGUACAGGAGCAGAAAAGAGAAAGAGAAUGUCAGCUUCAAAAACCAUGUCAUUCAGUGGUUUGAAGUGCUGGAAGGUUUACUUGGUCCAUACUGGAAAGCCAUUGGCUUGGCCUUUAACUGCACUUUUCUUCUCUUCGGAUCUGUCAUCCAGCUUAUAGCUUGUGCAAGUAACAUAUACUACAUAAACGACCACUUGGAUAAGAGGACCUGGACUUACAUAUUCGGAGCAUGCUGUGCGACAACCGUGUUCAUACCUUCGUUUCACAACUACAGGAUUUGGUCUUUCCUUGGUCUUGGCAUGACCACGUACACAGCCUGGUACUUAACCAUUGCAGCCAUUGUUCAUGGUCAGGUUGAAAAUGUGACUCACACGGGCCCCAAAAAAUUGGUUUUGUAUUUCACGGGAGCCACCAACAUUCUCUACACUUUCGGCGGGCACGCCGUCACAGUGGAAAUCAUGCAUGCAAUGUGGAAACCUCAAAAGUUCAAAUAUAUCUAUCUUUAUGCCACUCUUUUUGUAUUCACACUCACCCUACCAUCUGCCAUUGCCGUUUACUGGGCCUUCGGUGACCAACUCUUGGACCACUCCAAUGCCUUCUCUCUUCUCCCUCGCUCUGGCUGGCGUGACACUGGUGUCAUCUUAAUGCUGAUUCACCAGUUUAUCACUUUUGGAUUUGCUUGCACACCAUUGUAUUUUGUGUGGGAGAAAGUGAUAGGAAUGCAUGACACAAAGAGCAUAUGUUUGAGGGCACUUGCAAGGUUACCUGUGGUGAUACCAAUUUGGUUUUUAGCUAUUAUUUUCCCUUUCUUUGGCCCUAUAAACUCUGCUGUGGGGGCUCUCUUGGUUACCUUUACCGUCUAUAUCAUCCCUGCUUCAGCUCACAUGCUUACUUACAGGUCUGCUUCUGCACGACAGAAUGCUGCUGAGAAAUUGCCCUUCUUCAUCCCAAGCUGGACGUUAAUGUAUGUGAUCAAUGCAUUUGUGGUGGUGUGGGUUCUUGUGGUGGGAUUUGGAUUUGGAGGGUGGGCUAGCAUGGCAAACUUCAUCAAACAGGUUGACACAUUUGGACUCUUUGCCAAGUGCUACCAGUGUCCCCCGCAUAAAACACCAGCUUCCAACCAAACACUGCAUCACUGAAAACUCUAUAUAUGUUCUUUUGCAUGAUACAUAGAGGGACACAUCAGCAUCUUCCCCAUUGUGUAUUUUCCCUAUAUCUUGGUUCAAUCUUCUUAUAUACAUAUAUAUAUUAUGUUAAUGCUGAUGUUCCCUUGUGUAGCAAGGCAACACUGUUAUAUUUCAUCGCUUUUGAAUCAUUUUGGUUAAUGGUAAUCAUGAACUAUAUCUAGCUUAUAUAGGGAUUGUUGUUUGGUCAUUGGAUUAUAGCAACCUCAAGUAUAGCCUGCAUGUUUCCAAUAAUAUCUUUGCUUUCCAAUAUAA